AUGGUCAUAGCACUUCCAAAUGUGCCAAUAGCUGCUAUACCUCUUAAAAUGAGGUCUGCUAUUGAGAUCCCUCUAUUAAUCCCUUGUGCUGGAGUUGAAAUAAUUGUGGAUGCUUCCCCUGACUCUACAGCUGCUUCAGCCUUCAUAAUUAACCCAGUACACACACGAAAGGGGUCCCAAUUAGACUUAUCCUACAAAUUUUCUGAGCUUUGGCCACCAAUCCAAGGGCGGGCUUUGCCGGUUUGUACUUUCCCCGCAAUUUUCGGAGUUGGAACUGCUAAAGCUGGAGAAGAGUUCAUUCUAAGCAGGAAAAAGAUAUACAUGGUACGAGAUUGGGAUUUGGCUAGGUAUGACUCUUUCUGCAUGAGUUUUGAAAUGAGAAUAAUCCGAAUGUCGAGCACGGGUAUUGAGGACGUAAAGGACCAAGAGCCCAGCGUUGAUCCUGCUAAAAAUCAAGCCGAAAACGAGGCGGACCAAAAAGAAUUGGAUCAAAAUAGUGAAAAUCCCAUGCCCUCACACGAGCAGGAGGAGGAAAUAAUCAAGAAAAAAUAUGGAGGAAUGUUACCAAAGAAGCCACUGAUAUCCAAGGACCAUGAACAUGCAUUUUUUGAUUCUGCUGAUUGGGCACUGGGAAAGCAAGGAGCUCAAAAACCCAAAGGACCACUUGAAGCUCUACGACCAAAGCUUCAGCCCACUCCGCACCACCAAAUGCGUUCAAAGCGCUCAGUUUAUGCUCCUGCAGAUGAUGAUGAUGGUGCAGAGUCUGUCAGUAAUAGCACACCUCCGGAGGAUGAGAACUGCGCAUCACAAAGUGGGGACGAUAAGAACUCUGCUCCUGAAGAUCAAACCUGCUACUCGUUGCCUGUUUGA